UCACUCAAUCAGUUUCAGAGUUGCUGUCAAUUAUAACUUUUUCUGUCAAUAUCAGCUGUUUGUGCCAGAAAUUAAUUCGCGGAAUAAAUUAAAAUUAUCAAUUUAUAUACAGAUUAAGCCUUUUAAUUAAAUAAGAAUAUCAAAAUGUUCUCUAUUGACGCCCCAGUGGAGUUACAGAAUUCGGAAUAUUGUAACUACCGGUCGCCGUUAAGUACUAGAUAUGCGUCUAAAGAAAUGCAAUACAAUUUUAGUGAUCAGAAGAAAUUCUCGACUUGGAGGAAGCUUUGGGUCUACCUGGCUAAAGCUGAGAAGGAACUCGGUCUCGAUAUCACCAACGAACAGAUUGUCGAGCUUGAAGGUGCUAUCCAUGACAUUGACUUUGCUAAAGCGGCAGAACAUGAAAAGCGUGUUAGACACGAUGUGAUGGCUCAUGUCCACACUUUAGCUGAACGGUGUCCCCGAGCAGCCCCCAUUAUUCACCUUGGUGCCACGUCAUGUUACGUCGGAGACAACACGGAUCUCAUCAUAAUGAAACAUGGCUUGGAAUUGCUGCUGCCGAGAGUAGCCGCUGUGAUUCAUCAGCUCGCCAAAUUUGCUGAACAGUAUAAAUCGCUUCCGAUUUUGGGUUUUACACAUUUUCAACCCGCGCAACUGACAACCGUUGGCAAGCGAGCAUCGCUAUGGUUGAGUGAUUUCCUCAUGGAUGAACGUGCGCUGUCACGAGCAAAAGAUGACCUCAGAUUUCGAGGAGUGAAAGGCACCACAGGAACCCAAGCUUCCUUUUUACAGCUUUUCAAAGGAGAUGCUUCUAAAGUCCGAGCACUAGACGAAAAGGUAGCAAAAUUGGCAGGUUUCGAUAAGCGUUACCUUGUGACAGGACAAACUUACUCUAGAAAGGUUGAUUUGGAAGUAGUCUCUGCGUUAUCUGGUUUAGGAGCAACGGCGCAUAAGAUGUGUUCGGAUAUUCGUUUACUUGCUUCUCGUAAAGAACUUGAGGAACCAUUUGAAGCUACACAAAUCGGAUCUAGCGCAAUGCCCUAUAAGAGAAAUCCUAUGCGGUCCGAACGUUGUUGCGCGUUAGCUCGACACCUGAUAACACUACAAGCGAACGCUGCUAACACGCAUGCAGUACAAUGGCUUGAACGUACUCUGGACGAUUCUGCGAACCGUCGCUUAACUCUUGCCGAAGCAUUCUUGACAGCUGAUGCAACUCUUCUUACAUUGUUAAAUAUUUGCCAAGGAUUAGUAGUCUACCCGAAAGUUAUUGCUCGUCAUAUAGCACAAGAAUUACCAUUUAUGGCCACUGAAAAUAUAAUUAUGGCCAUGGUACAAAACGGAGGAGAUCGUCAAGUAUGCCAUGAAAAAAUAAGAGUUCUGUCUCACGAAGCUGGAGCACAAGUAAAGCAACAGGGCAAAGAUAACGACUUGAUCGACCGCGUGAAGAGCGAUCCUUAUUUUGUCCCAAUUAUUUCACAGCUGGAUAGUAUAUUGGACGCGUCUACGUUUAUAGGAAGAGCUCCCGAUCAAGUAUCAGAAUUUAUUGAAGAAGAAGUAAAUCCUAUAAUUUUUAAAUAUAGCAGUAUUUUGGCCGAUGCAGAAAAGCCUGCAAUCCUAAAUAUUUGAAGUGAAUUAUAUUGCUGUUAAUUACUUAAUAAAUAAUUUUUAAUUCUUAUUAAUAUUGUUAUGUAAGGAUUAAAAUUCGG